AACAAGCUAACAUCAAUGGAAUGGAAUAGAACAAAAGAAGGUUCUAGAAUCCAAUUUUGCAUUGAAAAUAGGAAAAUAAACUGAUUGUAAACAACAAGAAAAAUCCACUACAUUUACAAGUACAUGAAAUGAACAGACUAAACAAUAAAAACAAAAUGAACUACUCCUUAAGCCAAAACUACAUGAAAUAACCUAGAAUUGGGAUAAAAAAUAUUGACAGACGAAAAAAGUGAAGUAUGAAAUGAGCAUAAAAAUAAAAGAUAUAAGACUAAACGACUAGAGAUAGGAAGAAAUGAAAGCUAAAGAACGAAAGUGUCUUACCUUAAGCAGCCACGAAACCACUUACACAACAAAACACACACAGACCGGCCGUUUGAAAAGAUCAGGAACAACAAAAUGUUGCGACUGCUCUCAACACAAGACGGGACAUCGACAUCGUAUUUUCCUCACCGUCUUUUCAUUCAUCAAUUUAUUUUUCUCGCUCAUGUCCUAUAAUUGAAAUUAUGUCCAUAAUCUGGGGGGAGGUGUAGUAUCCUCCCAGUCCAUGUCCUGUUCCGUCCGAUAUAUAAAGAAAUAUGCCACUCGUAAGAGUCCAGUACGCCUCCAACACUCGACCAUUGUUGUAAUUUCGAUCAUGAACGCAAAUUUUCGAUCUUGUGCAAUAUUUAUGCAUAUUUGUAGUUUUCAAUUGAUGUUUAUAAAAAGUGGAAAGUGACGGAAAUAGCAAAAGAAGAAUGAAGGUUACAACUUCGUUUGCAUUGAAGCAGGAAUCCAAAUAAAAUACUUCUCUUUUGACUUCUUUGACAUUUUUCCAUCUCAGUCGACCGAAGCAAUCAACAUUUAGAAAUGGACGACGAAUCUUCUGGCACGAUGACAGAAUGCAACGGAGAUAUGAAUCAAGAAUUCAUCAUUCAAAUUCCGAUUGUCACUGGAUGCUUUCUUUUCCAAACCCCUGGUUUUAACGAUGGAGGAUAUCCAAACUACUCAGGAAGUGACAGUAACAGUUACAUAUGCUCCUACGUCUUUCAGUUUGUGGCUGAUGUAAAUGGAACGGUGACCUUUGAAAAAGCAGGGUUCGAGUUGCAAGGACGGACAAUAACUAAUGACUGCGUGGAUGCCAUCGGAGCAGUUCCUGUGAUGAGAGACUUCAGUGACAUCGAAGAGAGCGGUCCACAGGUAAAUUUCGCCACAUUUUGCGGCGUAAUUAGCGAGGACAAAAUACGGAGAUUCUCUUUCAAUUCACUCUCUAUUGUGCUCUUUGCCGACGAUGCAGUGAACGGCAACGGAGCCAAGGUUGAAGUCUGCUUUGAUUAAAAGAGCUGCUGAGGUCAAACCUCAUUUAUGUUUGUGCCGUGAACUGUGAAGUGGUCAUUUUUAUUGUAUUUUUUGAAAUUGUUGGCCAGCUUCAGAGUUUCGAAAAUAAAUUGAACCGUUUGAUUCA